AUGAUUGUCAUAGAUUCACAUGUUUAUAGGCAGUAUCAGCUUUCUCAUCAACCACCUUCUCUUGAAGAUACGGAACCUCUUUUACGUAAUUUUGCAGAUCUUAAAGAAGUGUUAAAUGAGGUCGCUGAUUUGGGCGAUAUGAACCCAUUAACGUAUCUGUCACCUUUUCUGGAUGUUAUUAAAGCGCAAAAUACUAAUGGACCUAUAACGGAAGCAGCACUUUCAUCAGUAGCGAACAUAAAAGCUGCAAAUGCUGUGGAAUCUGUAGCGUAUGCUGUGGUGCACACCAAAUUCAUUGGAGGCAAGAGCAGCGGCAGUGAUGAAUGUGUACUUUACAAGAUUCUUCUGGUAUGUUCAACAGCCUGUUGUUUCUGUCUACUCAUGUAAAA